CCUAGUACGGAACUGUGCGCAUGCGCGCGCGGAUUGGGUACCGAAUGUACACAAACUGGAACGCGCGCGCUGCCUCAAACAUCAAGAGGCCGAAUAAAUGCAGGGGACAGGCGUGAAAGCGGACCGCCGGCUCGGCUACAUCAGUCGUUCGGAGACCUUCAGCGCAAGCCACCGCCUGCACAGUAAAUCUUUAAGUGAUGAAGAGAAUGAACGGAUAUUUGGGAAGUGCAAUAAUCCUAAUGGGCAUGGCCACAACUAUAAAGUGGAGGUUACAGUCCGUGGUGAGAUUGAUCCAGUAACUGGAAUGAUAAUGAACAUAACAGAUCUCAAGAAGUGCAUUGAGAUGGCUGUAAUGAAACCACUAGAUCAUAAAAACCUUGAUAAGGAUGUCCCGUAUUUUGCAAAUGUUGUAAGCACAGCUGAAAAUAUAGCCGUGUUCAUCUGGGAUAGCUUACAGAAGUUGAUGGAACCAAAUCUGCUGUAUGAAGUGAAGGUCUUUGAAACUGAUAAAAACAUUGCCUUUUACAGAGGAGAGUGAGGCAACAUGGUAAACAUAACUUGUACGCUCACGCAAUUCCUGUCAUGUCAACUGUAGAUGUAGGCAUGGAGCUGAAAUUGGCCUUUUUUUAAACCUCCUCAUUCUUUAUUUUCUCAGGAUCUGUUCUUUCUUGAAUGGGAUAUUGGGUAGCGUUUAUUCUGAACAAAUAAAAUAAUAAAAUGUUGACAGAGAAAUAAGACACUAAACCAAGCCAAAGCUAGAUGGUAAAUGUUUAGUAGAUGCUCAAUUGUUUGUCAGAUUAAGACCCUGAAACCACUGCAUUUGUCUAAUUGGUAUUUGCAUUCUCUUUAGGCUUAUAUACUAUAAGUGAAUGGGUGUUUUAAAUAUAUUAAUCAUUUUUUUCCUUUAAAAACUACAAUAUGUGUAUUGUUGCAAAGAAUGUUUUGGCUUGGAGUUGAUGGCCAGUUUUAAGAUGGCAGUUACAGAGCUCUGUGAUCAUACACACAUUCAGCAAGUCUCACGGGUUUCUCCAAAGUGAAACGGGGCAAUGGUAAAAAAUCUAUUUAAUUUAAAAAUAAAAUGGCAAGAAAAAGCAAAUUGGCUGCAUAAGUGACAGCUCACCUUAAUGAAAUAAACCAGUCAGUUGCGGAGCAGUGGUUGAGAUUUUUUAACUUCAAGAGACGCGUGUGCAAUGUGCUGGAAUUCUGACUUGUGUGUUUCUGUCACAUCGGUGGGCUAUUUAAAAAGUAAACAGUGAUUACAGAUCAAAUCGUUAAUUCAACAACUUGCAUGAACAGACGUUCAAGUGUACUUUGAAACACGGUGUGUAAGUAAUAGCCUAUAGGGGAUAAGGUGGAAAUUGCAGAUGAAAAAUGCUGCUCUGUCAUGAAUAUAAUCAAAACACCAUCCAACGCACAAUUGGUACAACCAGCGAUAAUCGCAUGCUAGUGGGGAAGUUGUUUGUGACCAAGUGAGAGAACUGGGGGGUGAACAGUACAAGACCACCCGGGGUCCGACAACCCAUCCAAAGCAGCAGGUGUUUUCAUUCUGCCACUCACUUUCUGUUCAGCCUUUUCUUUGUGUGUCCUGACCAAUACACCUCUGUAUGUAUUUUGACCUCCUUGGUGUCAUUUGAGUGCAGGGGGAAAUUCAGAAGGGUCCAUUCCUUCCCAUUUUAAAUUAAUGGAACCAGUUAUAACCGAACUGGAAUUGACAUGAUGGCGCUGUGACUAGCACUGCCAUCUGGGUUUGAAUUCUGCAGCUGGUUUGUACCUGCAUUAGUGUUUGUGUCUCCUCCUUGUGGCUGUGUGAGGUGAUUCCAAAUUUGUCUUGUGUGUGUCUGUGAGUGAGUUGGCCCUGACACCUCAUUUAGGGCUGAUUCCUGCCUCUGCUCCAUGACUCCUAAUUUUAAGCGGUGAUAUUAAAAAAAGGUAUUGUUUGCUAAAGUGGCAUUGGUAUGAUUAGUGGACCAUGUGGUUGAAUUUUAAAUGGCUGUAUAAAGGUUUACCUACAGUAUAUUUAUUGAUUAAAAAAAAAGUAUUUCCAAA